CACCCCUUUGCUCCUGAGAUCGCAGCCCGGUACGCCACCCGACCUGCGUCGAGCCGAUUCGAUUCGGGAGAUCCGAGUCGAGCCGAGCCCAACAGUGCGGCGCGGAGCCGAGACACCCCGGGCAGCCAGGACAAGAUGCGAGAGUACGUGUUGCUUCUGGCGGCGCUGGCCCUUGGCGCCAGGGCGGCCGAGCCGCUGCAGGACCACGAGGACGGCCCCGGCCCCGGGGUAGGCGACGGCCUCCCCGACCACCACACGAGAGUGCAGCGAGAGGUCCAGGGCCUCUUCCCCUUCCCCCGGGUGGGCAGGGCCACCUGGGGCACCAGGGACUCAGGGCUGGGCGAGAACAAGCGCCAGGGGCUGAUCCCCUUCCCGCGCGUCGGCCGGAGCGAGAACGCCGACCCCAGGACCAUGCCCGCCGCCUGGCUCGUCGCGCCCGAGUACUACCCGGGCAAGCGAGUGGCCUCUUGGAUGCCGUCAUCGUCGCCUCGUCUCGGACGGCAGAAUAAGCGCUUCGAGACCGACAACGCGGCGUGGACCCUCGUGAACGUGAGAGACUACCCAGCCAUGAACAGACCGCAGCGCGGGCGCGACUCGGCCUCGUUCACGCCGCGCCUCGGCCGCGAGCUGGAGUCGGAUGAGGAGGUGGCCGUACACGACGCCCCGGGCCUCGGGCCGCAGGAUGACCUGCAGGGCAGCGUGCGCCUGUAGGGCGCCUGUCAGCCUCCGCCCGCCUGGGGUGUGGCCUCUGCCACGGCCUCUGCCACGGCGCUCGCUGGCCGCAUCGCAUUGCCCGAAGAGGAGGGCGAGCUUUGCGUUUGGUAUGGUAUCCAAUAGUGAUUACGCUUCACAACAUUGGAAACGGCUCGUCUUGUUCGCCGACCGACUGAAGCUGUGGACUGUUUUCCUCCCCUAUCGAUACAAUAGGUGCUGUCAUGGUUCUAGACUUAUGACGUGAGAGGAGACGCCGGUUGUAGGCUAUUCCUCCCUAGGCUGGAAGGGAAGACCCACCACCUGGCAAUAAAACUGUUCCUCCUCAUCUCAUAUGGAAAUUUGCAUCCAUCACAGCAUGUUUCUGCUCUAUCCCCCUCCAAACAAAAUGUUCUCCCAUUACAUUGUUUUGUAAACACUCUGCAACUAUGCACAGCUACUGCUUACUAUUUGUUGUGAAAGUGAUGCUAUGAUUUUAAGACUUGUAAAAUUUUGUGAACCUGAAAUAUACAAUUUUUGUUUUUUUC